GUGAUAGGAACCAGGGGUCCCUGUGCCUUCAACACAAAUAUAGGACAUUUUAUUUACUAUCCAAAAGCACCAGUGAACCUUUAGCCACAUGUCUUCAAAGUUUUAUAUGCAUGUUGUUGAUGGUAAAGUAAAUAUGAAAAAAAUUGGGGCUAUUUUAGCUUGAACAUCCUGCAUGUAUCCUUCCACCAGGAAUGGACUAUAAAUUGAUUAAAAUAUAUUUUAAGCCAAAACUUUGUCACAAAACUACUGUCAAACAGUGUCUCAGGCUGGGUGCUCAGAACCAUUUCAUGUUAGAACUUUCUGCAAGGGAGCUUUCAGAUGUGGACGUCUGGUUCCUAUCACCACCACUGUGAAUUGCUCUGACUCUGCAAGUUUCUCCACAAUGAAGAAUUUCACGUCAAAGCACUGUGUAAGACUAUGUUGGCAUGUUAACCAUUUCAUCAUUGAGAAACUUUGAAAAAAUCAGUGUAGUUCCCCUUUCAUGUAUCACAGCGUUCUUUCUUCUAUCACAGCAACUUCUUUUUGCACAAACAGUGAGGUGCUUCCUUCACCAUGUCCGGUGUCACACAUCAAACCCGGAGGCGGCGCCCCUCAAAAAUGUACGUGGUCACGUCCGACCAUAAGGUGCAGGACCAUCUGGAUGGCACCAUUCGCCUUCAGAGGGGGCAUCUGUGCCAGGAGCAGGAUGGUGGAGGGGAACGUGGCGGAAGGGGCGAUUACGUGUGGGUGAAGGUGAUCGACAAUGGCAGCAUGGUGAAGCUUGAUAAACAUUUGCUAAAUGAAGUACCCACUGACCUAGCCAGCCUGUUGGAACCAAUCACUGACCUAGACCUGCGCUUCAAACUGCUGUCCAAACCUCACCGGCUGCUGCGACUGGCUGCCUUACCGCUGGGUUCACCGGUGUUGGUGCGCUGGAGCCAGACUGGGGAGUUUGCAGAGGCUGAACUUCGUUAUCGUGGUCCACUAACCCGAGGAAGCGCUGCUGUGUACUUUGGAGUCCAACUGAAAGGCUGGGCAGCAGGUAAGGGCAACAGUAAUGGAAGCUACAAAGGACACCAGCUCUUCACAUGUCCAGAGCAGUGUGCCCUCUUCGUGGCGGCUAGUGAGCUGACCCUCCGCCGGUCCUCUCGAAGUGGCAGCGCUGGGGACCAUGAGCCUGAGCGUGAAGCUAACAGACCAAACCACUCCAACCACAACUCCAGCAAUAAUCAGAGCUGUAGCCACAACCACAAUGCAGGGAACAUCCUGCAGGCACGGACUGCAGAAUCAGCCCCACCUCCUGCCUCUCCACCUCCACUGCAAAUAGGACAGAGGGUGUGUUUCAGCCAGGACAGCACGCACCACUCAGGCACAGUACAGUUCUGUGGGCCGCUGCCCGGCCGGACGUCCUUAGGACUGCAUGUGGGACUCUUACUGGACAAUCCGGUAGGAAACUGGAAUGGCUUCUACAAAAACUACAAGAUGUGCUCCAUCCCUUCUCCUGAAUAUGGUCAUCUUCUGCCCAUCUCCAAAGUGGCUGCAGAAACGAGAUCAGAGCGCACACCUUCACUUGGAUCUACUCCCAAAAGCCCUCCAGCGAUUCCUCCAUUUCCUUCCUCUAAAUCUGCCCUUCAGCCUCCUUCACCCACCCACAACAAGCACCCACCGCAGCCUACAGCACCUGCAAAUCCCAACUCAAGAACACUGAUACAGCCUGCCAUGCUAGCUUUAGCUAAAUCUGCCCUACAGCCUCCUUCUUCUUCAUCGUCAGCCACUCCAAAAGUCGCUUUAAAGCCUCCUCCUCUUCCUGUCCCUAAAUCUGCUCUUAAACCACCUCCAGUUCCGCCCCUUAAGCCACAAGCCCUGCCUCUUUCACCCCCCACUGACCAAUCGUAUUCUUCAAAUGGAUUUCACAAUCCACCCUCUCCACCAGUUCCCGAGGAGAAGGCAGAGCCUAAAACGUGGUUAGAGGUCGGCUCGAUGGUGGAGAUGAAUGACCCACCAAUUUUUGGCGUAAUUCAAUGGAUUGGUCAGAUUCCCGGCAUAUCGGAACCAGUGGCUGGAAUAGAACUGGAUCAAGAGUUGAGUGCUGCCACUGAUGGCAGUUACCUUGGUGAACGCCACUUUCAUUGCCCUCCUUACAAGGGGUUGUUUGUUAAACUGCGGAACUGUAGGCGAGACUCCAGAUUCCCCGCCCCCGAGAUGCCUAUCAAUCAGGUGGAGCGCUGCAAUUCGAUUGCAUUUGCGGAGUGGGGCAGCAAACGCGUUGAGGAGAACACUCCGCCAGUGCUGGGGCAGGAGGCUCGGCGGUUGUAUGAGGGCAUUAAGAAGGGCAUCCAGGGUCAUCUCAACUCCUGCUACCUGGAUGCUUCACUCUUUAGUCUUUUCUCAUGCUGUAGUUCAGUUGAUUGGGUUUUGUUUUUCCCCUCCAAUGAGGACGGUCAUCGCAGUAAAGAUGCUCAGGAAUUGCUGCGCUGUGAGAUCGUCAACCCUUUGCGGAGGUAUGGAUACGUGUGUGCCAGUAAGACCAUGGCUCUGCGGAAGCUUCUGGAAGCUGAGACCACAGAUGCAGGCUUUACUAAUGAAGAGAAAGACCCAGAGGAAUUUCUCAACAAGCUUUUCCAGCUCCUCCGGGUAGAACCACUUCUGAAGAUCAGGUCAGUGAGCCAGGAGCCGCAGGAGUGCCACAUCUACCAGCUCUUCCCUCCCUCCGUCUCCCCCUCUCCGUCCUCCCCCAUGCACUCUCCUCUGUCUCCCUCCCUCACUUCCUCCCUCUCACCCAUCCCUCUCUCCUCGCCCCAUGCUGGACUCAUGAGGGUUGCUAGCGUGCAGACGUUGCUGGAGUCCUCCUUCAUGCAUUCUGGCCUUAAAUUCUCUGAGGCUCCGUCCUGUCUGCCGCUCCUCAUGCCGCGCUUCGGUAAAGAGUUUAAGAUGUUUGAUGCCAUUCUGCCCUCCCUCACGCUCGACAUCACUGACCUACUGGAUGAGACACUCAGACAGUGUAGUAUAUGCCAGUCAGUGGCAGAGUGGGAGUGCCUGCAGUGUUAUGAGGAUCUGGACAUCACACCUGGCCAGUUAAAACAGUACUGCAAGACCUGCAAUGCGCAGGUUCACGCUCAUAAAAAGCGCCAAACACACAAACCGCUGAAGGUCAGAAUACCCAAGGGCACAUGGGAGGGACCAGUGCACGGCACUCGUCAGCAGUUGUCUCUCUUCGCUGUGACGUGCAUUGAGACCAGCCACUAUGUGAGCUUUGUGAAGCACGGACCUCUCCUUACUGACUGGCUGUUUUUUGACAGUAUGGCUGACAGAGAGGGAGGAGAGAAUGGCUUCAAUGUGCCGCAAGUGAGAGCGUGUCCAGAGGUGGGACGUUACCUCAGCCUAUCACAGGAGGAGCUGAGCCGUCUAGACUCCACCUCCCUCAAGGAGCCCGUCCGACGAUUACUUUGCGAUGCGUACAUGUGUCUUUAUCACUGUCCUGAACUGAGCCUAUACAAGUGACACAAACGUAGCCCCUGCUCACUGUUGUCCUGAGCUGAGUAGCUCCGACCAUGUUGGUCACCUCAUCAUGUUGCAACACAAAGAAGUAUUUCUUAGUCAGCCAGGUAGUCAGUAUCAGCAUCUUUAUCAUACUGGCAACCAUCAUUUUGUCUUGCUUAUUUGCACUGGUCAGGUGCUUAAGCAGCUGUCCAUAGAUUUAUCAAUAGGUAUAUCUAUUAAGAAACGUGUCAGUUAUUGUCAGUUAUUGACAGAUACAGCAGAUAGAGAUUAGGGUGAAAACGUUAAUCAGGCUUGUCUGUUCUAAUUUAAUCAGGUUUAAAUUACCCAGUUUUGAGAACAUCCACCCUCCACCGCCCACCCUCAGAACCCCCCCUGCCAGCUUUAUUCAGCAUUUGGUCACUAUAUAAUAGGGUUUUGACCAAUUCCAUAUUGAGACUGUACCACAUUCCACACCAUGUUUUUGCACUUUGUCAUUUUUAUCUAUUUUAUUCAAGAAAAGAAUAUGAAUGUUGUUGUGUGUAUAUAAUAUUUGAUGAAUUAAUGAUGCUUUUUGAAAGUUCUGUCAUUUUUACAUUUUAUAAAGUCAUAAAAUCUACUUUUUCUCAA